AUGACCUGGACGAGGGUAGUGCGGCCGACGGUGCGUUCGGCAGCGGUAGUUCGGGCUGGCGCACUGGGCCAGCGCGCCAAGUCGGGGGCGGCUGGGUCGGCAGCGCCGCCGGCGCUGCGGGUGGCCCCGCCGACGCUGGACGAGGAAGCACACCAGUUUGAGGAGGCGGUCCGCGACGUUGAAAGGUGGCUCAAGUCGCCGCGGUUCGAAGGUCUCACUCGUCCGUACAGCGCACGGGAUAUCGUGUCCAAGCGCGGUACGAUGCCCGUGCAGCCGCCACCAUCGUCGCUGCUGGCGGACAAGCUCUAUGCCUCGUUGCAGAAGCAUGCGCAGGAGCGGACGGCGCUCACGACGCUGGGCGCCGUCGACCCUGCGCAGCAGUCGCAGAUGGCCAUGCAGCAGGAGGCAGUGUAUGUGUCAGGGUGGGCGUGCUCUGCGCUGCUGACUACAUGCGACAAUGAGGUGGGGCCGGACCUGGCCGACUAUCCCUACACGACCGUGCCGAACCAGGUGCAGCGCCUGUUCAAGGCGCAACUGCAUCACGACCGGAAGCACUGGGAUGAGCGGUGCCACAUGUCGGCGAGCGAGCGCGCCAGUACGCCUUGGGUCGACUACCUGCGGCCGAUCAUCGCGGAUGGCGAUGCAGGUCAUGGCGGGCUUAGCAGCGUGUUCCGCCUUGCCAAGCUCUUUGCUGAGCAGGGAGCUGCGGCCGUGCACCUCGAGGACCAGCUGCACGGCGGCAAAAAGUGCGGGCAUCAAGCAGGCAAGGUGCUCGUGCCCAUGGCCGAGCAUAUACACCGCUUGGUCACAACGCGCUUUGCAUGGGACCUGCUCGGCGCCUCGAAUUUGCUCAUUGCACGCACGGACUCUGAGAGCGCCAAGCUGAUCUCGUCCAAUAUCGAUGAGCGCGACCACGAGUUCAUCAAGGGCGCCUACAACCUGCCAAGCGACACUGCGUCGUUGGCAGAGACACUCUCGGAGCUCGAGGCGCGCGGCGCGUCGAAGGCAGAGCUCGACCGCGCUGAGCGCGAGUGGAUGGAGGGCGUUGUGCUGCUGACAUUCAACGAGGCGGUGGCGAAUCACAAUGCGUCGAACCCGACGCGCCUGACCGAGUACGACCGUCGCGUAGAGGGCGGUGUCUCGCAUAGCAAGGCGCGCCGCAUUGCUGAAGAAGUGUUUGGCGCGGAGGGCGUGCCGCAGUGGGACUGGGACGCGCCGCGCACGCGCGAGGGCUACUACCACUUUAAGGGCGGCCUUGCAGCGGCGAUCAAGCGGGCGAACCAGUUUGCUCCGCACGCGGAUCUGCUGUGGCUAGAGACCCACACGCCGGACGUGGUGCAGGCCCAGGGCUUUGCGGCCAAAAUCCACGAGCAGCACCGCGGCAAGUGGCUUGUAUACAACCUGAGCCCCUCGUUCAACUGGGCCGCGCAUGGAUUCAGCGACACAGACCUGCGUAACUUUGUCUGGGACCUCGCGCAGGCCGGCUUUGUGCUGCAACUCGUCUCGCUCGCCGGUCUCCACCUCACAGGCGCCGCGGCGUGCGAGUUGAGCCGCGCGUUUGCCAAGGACGGCAUGCUUGCCUACGUGGAGCUCGUGCAGCGCAAGGAGCGCGAGCUGCGCACCGAUCUACUGACGCAUCAGCGCUGGAGUGGAGCUAUGUACAUGGACCGCGUCCUACAAACGGUCCGGGGCUCGUCGAGCACGAGCAGCCACGGCGCUGAGAGCACAGAACACACCUUCUCCUAG